AUGUUGACAUUCAUAUUGAUUUGUGCAAGUCUAGUACUAGCUUUCACGUAUUUAAAAGGCAAAUAUAACGAAUACUAUUGGAAGAAACGCGGAGUCGCCUUCUUUGAUAAACAUAGAACUGGAGGACCUUUGUGGCAAUUUGCUGUUGAAGACCGAUCAUUUUUCCAAAUCCUAAGUGAUAUUUACUGGAGCUAUGAAAAUGACCCAGCCGUGGGACUCGGAUCACUCUUCACCCAUGGAUUGUACGUCAAAGACCCGACUAAUAUCCAACACAUAACGCAAGUUGACUUCCACUCCUUCAAUCACAGGGGCAUUGCAUUUACUGAAGAUGAUAAACUAGCGAACAAUGUUUUGUUACUCCACGGACCAAAAUGGAAGAUAAUAAGGCAGAAGCUCACUCCAAUCUUCACGACAGCAAAACUCAGGAAUAUGUUCUACAUCAUUGAUAAAAGUGCUCAAGAUUUUGUGGAAUAUCUAAAGCUUAACCCAGAGAAAUUGAACGCGGAUGCUUUCGAAAGCAUGAGCCAUUUCUGCUCAGCUGCUAUUUCGGCCGCUGUUUUUGGUAUCGGAACCAAAUCGACUUUCGACUCACCAUUCCGUGAAAUGGCUAGAGAAGUUCUAGCCCCCACAUUCACAACCAACUUAAAGUUUACGAUAAGUGGUGCAAGUGAAUUUAUUUUCAAAAGUUUGAAACUAAAAUUGUUUAAGACGACGCAAGAGGACUUUUUUAUUGGAGCUAUUAAACAAGUACUUAGGCAACGCGAACAAAAUAACGUUCCACGACACGACUUUGUAGAAAUGUGUGUUAAUUUACAAAAGAGUGGCAUGAUGGAAGAUAGUGAGACUGGUUUAAAAUUGGAGCCUACAGACGAACUGUUGGCCGCACAAGCUUUCUUCUUCUUCCUAGCCGGUAUCGAUCCUACUGCAGCAGGUAUGUUCGCAGCUUUCAUGGAACUAGGAAGACAUCCUGAAAUAUUGAAAAGAUUACACAAAGACGUCGACGAGGUUUUUGAGAAAUACAACGGCAAACUUAGUUAUGACGCAGUGAAUGACAUGAAGUAUUUGAGAAAUGUUUUGAACGAAACUCUUCGGAUGUAUCCUCCGAUUGGUUUUUUGACAAGGCAGUGUAUUCAGGACACUGUUUUACCUGUAGGAGAUGUGCCUGUUGAGAAAGGUGUGAAAAUAUUUACACCUAUUUACGAACUGCAUCAUGAUCCCAAAUAUUUUCCGGAGCCAGAAAAGUUUGAUCCUGAUCGUUUUGACAGAGCGGGGGAGGUUAGUGACCUGACUUAUAUGCCAUUUGGGAAAGGUGGUAGGUAUUGUAUUGGGGCUAGAUAUGCCCGAAUUCAACUGUUAACAGGGAUGGUGCAUUUGCUUAGAAAUUAUACCGUACAAACACAUGUGAAGAAAGGAGGUAUUCAAUUCAAUAAGGAACAAUUUCAAGUAAGGUUGAAAAAUGUUAACAUUGAAUUUAUUCCAAGAAAGCUGUGA